UUCACUUUCCAAACAAACGUUGUUUAGUGUGGAUAAUUUGUAUUUUUCGUUAUUUUUUAAUAUUAUUACAGAAUCUUUCCACUUCUUGCAAUAUCUAAGUAUUCUAAUAGUUACUACAGCAAGUUUACAAGGUUGUGUAAAUAAUAAAGCAUGUUGUUUUAUAAAAAUAGCAAUAAAAUGCAUGCAUCAAUAAAGUAAAGUUAGAAUGUCCUUAAUGUAUACUUUUAAACUAUAUUUCAUAGAAAUAGAACACUGAAUUGUGAUAUUUGUGAUGGUGUUAUCGUAAAAAACACUAUACUUAAAAGAAAAAGUAGCAAAGUAAGCAAAAUGUUAUAGAGAUAACCAAAAUCAAGAAUCAAGUUUGAUCAAAUGGAAGUAAAACAAGAGUUUAGCGACGACUCAUAUAAAAUAGAAAUAGAAGAUAAUGAGGUGAAUGACGCUCUACUUGAUAACUACAAAAUUGAGAUUAAUGAGGAGCCCAAGAGAGAAAGUGCACAUGAUGCAUUUGAUUAUUUAGUUUUACAUGAGAACUCUCCAAAAACUGAAAUAGAACAAGUUGAAGAAAAACUAACAAAUAAAAGAAGCUUUUCCCCUGAAAAUAUACAAACAAAUGCAAGCAAAGUAUUCAAAGACCAUGUUAAAAUUAACAGUGUUUUGGACCAACAUCAAACUACUUCGCUGCAUGUGAAUUCUGAAAAAUCUGUUACCUGUGAAACUCUUAGUGUGCACACUCAAGAAAAACAUUUUACAUGUGAAAUUUGCUCGAAAUUGUUUUCAAACAAAUCCAAUUUACGAAAACAUCUGAGAAAACACACUGGAGAUAAACCUUUUACUUGCGAAAUUUGCUCCAAAUUGUUUUCAGAAAAAUUCAGUUUAAAUGAGCAUAUGAUAAUACACACGGGAGAUAAACCUUUUGCAUGUGAAAUAUGCUCUAAAUUGUUUUCAAGAAAAUCCAAUCUAAAUUGGCAUCUGAAAUUACAUGAAGGAGGCAAGCCUUUCAAAUGUGAAAUUUGCUCCAUAUUGUUUUCACAUAAAUGCAGUUUACAAAGACAUCUGAGAAAACACACUGGCGAAAAACCUUUUACAUGUGAAAUUUGCUCUAAAUUGUUUUCACAAAAAACUGAUUUAAAAAUACAUCUCAGAAUACACACUGGGGAAAAACCUUUUAGAUGUGAAAUUUGCUUUAAAUCUUUUUCACAAAAAUAUCAUUUACAAAAACAUCUGAGAAUAUACACUCGAGAAAAACAUUUUGCAUGUAAAAUUUGCUCCAAAUUGUUUUCAGACCAAUCCAAUUUACGAAAACAUCUGGGAAAACACACCGAAGAUAAACUUUCUAUUUGCGAAAUUUGUUCCAAAUUGUUUUCACAAAAAUCCUCUUUAAAUGAGCACAUGAAAAUACAUACGGGAGAUAAAUCUUUUGCAUGUGAAAUAUGCUUCAAAUUGUUUUCACGAAAUUCCAAUUUACGAAGACAUCUGAGAAAACAUACUUAAGAUAAACUUUUUACUUAUAAAAUUUGCUCUAAAUAAUUUUAACAAAGAUCCCAUUUACAAACACAUCUGAGAAAACAUGCUGGAAAUGUAUCUUUUACUUACGUAAUUUGCUCCAAUUUUUUUCACGAAAAUCUAAUUUAAUUGUGCAUAUUAAAAUACACACGGGAGAUAAACCUUUUGCAUGUGAAAUAUGCUCCAAAUUGUUUUCACGAAAUUCAAUUUACAAACACAUCUAAGAAUACACAUUGGAGAAAAACCUAGUUAAAAUCCGCUUAACCUGAAGUUAAACUUUAUAGUAUAUCUAUUAUGCAUAGUGUCAUGUGAUAUCUCAUAUAUCGCUACACGUUCAUUAAUAACGAAUAUACGAUGUAGUGCCGUUUUGACAGUCGCCGUCAUGGUACGUGAAGAUCGAGUCUCCACCAAGAAACGAGACCAAAAUGAACAGAAUGAACUUAGAAUUUCUUAUGGCGAUCUACAUGAGGAAACCGACGAUUUUGUACUCUUGCCGUUCAGCCCUUUUACUACAAAAAGAUAUUUUCAAAAAAAUCUUUAAAAACCCAUAUGAGGAUACACAAUGUAUAAAAACCUUUUUACUGUGAACUUCGCUCCAAAUUAUUUUUACAGAGAUCCCAUUUACAAGUGAACUUUUUUCCAAAUUGUUUUCACAAAAGUCCCCAUUAAAAAACGAAAAGCGAAUACGCAAUAUAUCAAAAAACCUUUUAAUGAAGUUUGCUUGAAAGCAAGUGUCCAAUUGAAAAAAAAAUCAUGAGAAUAAAACUGACUAAAAAUCUGUUAUGUGUAAAAUUUACAUCAAAUAAUUUCCAAGAAGUUUCAAUACACAUAUAAAAGCACACUAGUUAAAACUAUGCAUAUUCACCAUUUCCUUUGUAUUAGUUUGUUUAUUAAAUUGUAUUGUUAAGUGUCCAACACAUUAUACAAUUAAUACAUAAAAAAAUAAAACUAUUUGCU